AUGACUUCACCAUCUGGUUCCCAGGACUCGCAAGGUCUGGUCCAGCGCAAACGGCAAGGUUUCUUCUCACCAGAACUGACUGAACUUGUCUUUCCGCCUUUCAGAGUUGGGUUCUGGGCUGGGACUGUGGGAGUAUUGGCUGGCGUUGGCGGAGCUAUCGCUAGAGAUACAAACCCGGUCAUCAGUGGUUCCAUAACUGGUAUACAAUGGUUUACCCUUGGCACCACUUUCUGGUUCUCUAGAAGCCUAGCUAUGCGUGCAUUUGGCAACCAGGAAGUAAUGCGAUCUUCGGACAGAGUCAUGAUAAGUGCAAUCGCCGGAACGACUACCGGCGCUGUGUCGGGGCUUUUACGGGGUCCUACAAAAAUCAUACCAGCCAUGAUCAUGUGGGGGUUAAUGGGGGCUGGAGGACAGAUGCUCGUACAUCGUCAUGAAGCCAACCAGCUGAAACCCAAAACGGAAAACGGUCCCGGAUUCUGGUCACGACUGAAUCCGCUAAAGAAACUCACGGACGAGGAGUAUAUGGACAUGAUGAGAGAAAAGAAACUAAAGCUCGAUGUCGAUAUCUCGCUAAUAGACGACCGGAUCGCAGAGCUCAGGGCACUGGAGCACAAGGCGCGGGAAGCCGAAAGUGCGGCGGCCUCUAAUGAGCAACAUUGA